UUUCUCCCCCUUUGCCGAACCCUGAAUCCCACCGCCGGGUAUCGUGACCCUUUGGAGUCCAUUCAGAGACUGUUUUGUUAUCCCUUCCCUCGGAUACGGACUCUACUUCGGUUCUCAUCCCACGUGGGAAACCUUGGGAGACCCUCACCCACUUUCUCCCGCUUUGCUGACCCCCGAAUCCCACCACCAAGCACCGUGACCCUUUGAAACCCAACCAGAACCUGCUUUGGCAUCCCUUCCUCGGAUACGGACUCUUCUUGGGCUCUUAUGUCACAUUGGAAAACUUAGGAGACCCUCACUCAAUUUCUCCCCCUUUGCCGACUCCUGAAUCCCACCGCCGGGCAUCGUGACCCUUUGAAUCCCACUUAGAACCUGCUUUGGCAUCCCUUCCCUCGGAUACGGACUUUUCUUCGGCUCUCAUCCUAUUUGGGAAACUUUUGGGAGACCCUCACCCACUUUCUCCCCUGAGGGCCUGUGGGAGAAACCCUCACCCUGGGGGCAACACCGUGAGACCCCAGAUUCGGAGAGAGAGGGAGAGAGAGAGAGGUGGGAUGCUCCCGGGGCCGCUUUUGCUGCUGCUUCUCUUCUCUUCUUCUUGGGGGUCUUCCGAGGGGUCCCUGCUGCCUCUGUGCCCGUCGGAGGCGCCCUUCGACGCCCUCUACGCCUCGGGGCUGGAGGCCCACUCGCGGGGGGACUUCUCCGUGGCCGUGUCCUGCUUGGAAGGAGCCCUCGAGGAAGAGAAGCGCCUCCGAGAAGCACGCCUGAGGUGUGGGAGGCGAUGCCGGGCUCAGGAGAGCUUCCCUUUUGGGGGAGAAGAAGCAGACGAAGGGAGGGCUGAGCCAUGGGGCCAGGACGCCCCCUUCCACUUCCUCCGCCGGGCCCACUGCCUGCGCUCCUGCCUCACCCAAGCCGGCCUGCCAGCCUCGUCUUUGCCCCACGCGAGUGAAGAAGUGCGGGCAGACUUCCAGCGCCGACUGCCCUACAGCUUCCUCCAAAGGGCCUACAUCCAGUUAAACCAGCCGGACAAAGCGGCCGAUGCGGCACACACUUUCUUCUUGGCCAACCCAGAACAUAUGGAGGUACAGCAAGACCUGGAGACCCUCAAGACCACGGCAGGGAAGGUGGAGUUGGUGGACCGAGAAGCCAAGCCUCACCUGGAGAACUACCUUUUGGGAGUUCGGCAUUAUGACAGGGAAGAGUACCACACAGCCAUUGAAUUCCUAGAACAGGCUUUGCGUGACUACAACGUUGCUGACACAGACUGCCGAAUCUUGUGCGAGGGACCACAGAGAUUUGAGGAAUACGAGUAUCUGGACUACAAAGCUACCCUCUAUGAAGCCAUUGCAGAGCACUACAUGCAAGUCCUGGUGUGCCAACAUGAGUGCGUGAGGGAGCUGGCAACGCGGCCGGGGCGCCUCUCGCCCAUCGACAACUUCCUUCCGCUGCAUUAUGACUUCCUGCAGUUCUCCUAUUACAGAGUUGGCGAUUAUGUCAAAGCCCUGGAGAACGCCAGAUCCUACCUUCUGUUCCACCCUGAUGAUGAAGACGUCUUAGACAAUGAGAGCUAUUACGAAAGCCUCUUAGAAGGAUCGGUGGACCUGGGAAGCAUCAAGCCCAGGGAGGAAGCUGUGAUGUUCCUCAGGCGGCAUAAGAUGGAGGCCUAUCUGCUACGGACCGGAGCCGCUGGGCUGGGCUUCUUAUACACUGAACCGAGUUACUGGAGCAUCUCUGGAGCCCGACAAGAUGAGAACAGGAUUCCUUCAGGAGUCCACAGUGACCAAAGCGACGUCUCCGGGAGGCCAGGAAAGAAGACAGUGCCAAAAUUGGGCCGCGAGUUGAGAGAAGGUGGUCCCCUUCUUUUUGAGGAUGUGAAGCUGGUCUACAACUCGGAACAGAUGAACGGGACGCAGAGGGUGCUGAUGGACAAUGUGAUCUCCGAGGAAGAGUGCCAGGAGUUGCACCGCAUUGCCAAUGGCGUCCUCUUGGCUGGAGAUGGAUAUCGAGGGAAGACCUCACCUCACACCCCAAAUGAGAGGUUUGAAGGGGCCACCGUCCUCAAAGCCCUCAAGUUUGGCUAUGAGGGCCGCGUCCCCCUGAGAAGCGCCCGGCUCUUCUACGACGUGAGUGAAAAGGCGCGCCGGAUUGUGCAGUCCUACUUCAUGCUCAACACCACCCUCUACUUCUCGUACACGCACCUUGUGUGCCGGACUGCACUCUCAGGGCAACAGGAGCGGAGGAAUGACCUGAGCCACCCCAUCCAUGCAGACAAUUGCCUCCUGGAUCCUGAAGCCAAUGAAUGUUGGAAGGAGCCGCCUGCUUACACCUUCCGAGAUUACAGUGCUCUUCUGUACAUGAACAAUGAUUUCGAAGGUGGCGAGUUCAUCUUUACCGAGAUGGAUGCCAAGACAGUCACGGCCUCCGUCAAACCCCGUUGCGGGCGCAUGAUCAGCUUUUCCUCUGGCGGCGAAAACCCUCAUGGUGUGAAGGCAGUCACCAAGGGCCAGCGAUGCGCAGUUGCCCUGUGGUUCACCCUCAACCCACUGCAUCGGGAACUGGAACGGAUCCAAGCUGACGAAGUCAUGGCUGCGUUAGAUCAGGAGCCUUUUGCACCCAGGGAGCUCGACAUCAACCCCAGAGACGAGCUUUGAGACCCUCAGGACGCGGACACUGGAUUGAAAUAUUUAUUUAAUAUUUGAUUUUUUAAGAAAAA